UUGAAACAGUUGGGUUCUCUCCAUUACGGAGGACCCCACACCCAGACUGUCCAAUUCAUAUCUUUCUUCCCCAAAUACCAAAAGAGAUGGAUUGAUUGAUUCGACUCGCCGACUCGACCCCAACAAUUUUAUUUAUUUAUUUAUUUUUAAUUUCAAAUCAAAUCAUAAAACUAAGCAGCACGCAUCUCCCUCACUCCUCCACACAGAAAAAGAGACUGUCAAAUCAAAACGACAAGAGCAAUAGUGGACAAUGGUGUCGUACGUGAGCGCGUUUCUGUACGGAGUCGGAGGCAUAGUAGUAGCAGGGAUGGCUUUGCUUGUAGCCUUUCAAGAGAAGCUCGUCUACGUCCCGGUCUUACCCGGUCUCACUAAAUCCUACUCGAUCACUCCUGCUCGACUCCGUCUCCUUUACGAGGACGUUUGGCUCCGAUCCUCCGAUGGCGUCCGCCUUCACGCUUGGUUCAUUAAGCUCCUCCCUGAAUGCAGAGGUCCAACUGUCCUGUUUUUCCAAGAGAAUGCUGGAAACAUUGCUCAUCGUCUUGAAAUGGUCCGCAUAAUGAUUCAGAGGUUGCAGUGCAACGUGUUCAUGCUUUCAUAUCGAGGUUAUGGAGCAAGUGAUGGAUAUCCUUCGCAGCAUGGAAUUGCAAAAGAUGCUCAGGCUGCUCUGGAUCAUCUUUCACAGAGGACUGACAUUGACACAUCUAGAAUAGUCGUGUUUGGGCGGUCACUUGGGGGUGCAGUUGGGGCUCUGCUCACCAAAAACAACCCCGAUAAGGUUGCUGCAUUGAUCUUGGAGAACACUUUUACAUCCAUUCUAGACAUGGCAGGAGUUCUACUGCCCUUCCUAAAGUGGUUUAUUGGAGGCACAGGUUCAAAAGGGCCUAAAAUUCUUAAUUUUCUUGUACGUUCUCCAUGGAGUACCAUUGACAUUGUUGGCCAGAUUAAUCAGCCAAUUCUUUUUCUUUCUGGAUUGCAAGAUGAAAUGGUUCCUCCAUCACAUAUGCAAAUGCUCUACGCUAAAGUAGCUUCUCAUAAUAGGGAAUGCAUCUUUGUGGAGUUUCCUAAUGGCAUGCAUAUGGACACUUGGCUUGCUGGUGGUGAUCACUACUGGAGAACUAUUCAGCAGUUUAUUGGAAACCAUGUUCCAGAGAUAAAGGAACAUGAAUCAUCCCACGAUGACAAAGAUACUGAGGGGAUGUGACUGAUUUAGAAUUUUGAGAUGUUAUAAAUUGGCUCAUGACAGCGACUUGAACUCUGAAGUAUUGGUACCUUUUUUUCUUUUUUCCUUGAAGUUGCAGCAAUUAAAAGCUCUUUGUGAUGAAUUCCACUCACUGAAUAGUGAAAUCAGUUCAAGGCAUUAUGGUUUUCUUUGAGAUUUUUGUUGGUUUUACAAGCUUCAGCAGAUGUUUAGAAAAUAUGAACGCCCAUUGGUAUACUGUACACCAUUUGAUACAUCUCCUUAGCUAGUGAAUUCUGACCGGUUCUGAUUGUAUGAAAGAAAUCUCUGAAAAUUGAAAUAAAUUCUUGGAGUUCAUAUGCUGGACUCGUGUGUUUCCUA